AUGGCUGUGGUACUCGAGUUACUGGAAAGCCGGCACAUUUUGCAAGGCGUCGCAGUGGUUUUGAUGCUUAUAAUUUUAUCGAACUUCUACCAUGAAUUAGUGAAAGAUUUACCCUAUCAGGAGAUCCAUCUUGUCGGGAAAGGGAGAUGGGAGAUCUUGAGCACCAAGGCCAAACAGCGCUUUGUGAAAUCGGCAAGAGAGCUUGUCGCAGAGGGAUUUAGCCAGGGCAGAAAAAUGUUCCAAAUUGUCUCUGAUGCCAAUCUAACGAUUGUACUUCAUCCUAGCUUUGUGGAUGAGAUUAAGAAUCACCCGCACCUUGACUUCAAGAAAUUUCUUAGGAAGAGCUUUUUCGGGUCUACAGUCCCAGGACUUGAGCCGUUUGACGGAGUGGACGAACACGGAAUUAUUCUGGAAGUGAUCAAUAAGAAUAUCACUCAAGGGCUCGACAAACUGAUCAGCCCGCUUUCAAGGGAGUCGGCCAUGGUCCUGAGAGAGAAGCUUCCAGAGUCCAAUGAAUGGGUGGCUUUGGCCUUCGCACAAGAGAUUCCGUACAUGAUAGCUCGACUGUCAUCUCUUGUUUUCCUGGGUGAAAAGUUAUGUCGUGACAAGCAAUGGUUAGACGUUUCCGUCAACUACACCAUCCACGCAUUUUUUGCUGCGCGAGACCUCAGACUCUAUCCAUCAAUCCUCCGUCCAUUGGUACAUUGGUUCUUGCCAUCAACCCGCAGGGCCCGAGAAGACAUGAGAAUUGCCGCUGGAAUAGUCGAUCACGAGAUGGAACAACGAAAGCUUAUCCGGGAGGGCAAAAUCUCGGAGAAGCCCCCGAGGACUCAGGAAGAUACCAUGGACUGGGUGCGCCAAGUGGCUUGUGGACGGCCAAUAGACGCUACUCGAGUCCAGGUGGGCUUUUCUAUGGCAGCAAUCCACACAACGUCCAAUCUUUUGACUAAUAUCAUGUACGACUUGACGGCCUACCCAGAACACAUCCAACCCCUAAGGGACGAGAUUGCAGCAGUAAUCCAUGAAGACGGUGUCUUGAAGAAGAGCAGUCUUACAAAGAUGAAAUUACUGGAUAGCGUCCUGAAGGAGGCCCAGCGAAUGCAUCCAGUCGGCUAUGCCUUCAUGAACCGCGUCGCGACAGAGCAAAUCACACUCUCAGACGGCACCCGGAUUCCGAAGGGUGCCAGUGUGGCCAUUUCAGCCCACAACCUCGAGGAUGAAUCCAUCUACCCCGGCGCAAGCACCUACGACGGCUUCCGUUUCUAUAGAAAACGACAAGAGCCCGGCCAGGAGCACCGUCAUCAGUUCGUCACUACCAGCCCGGAACAGUUUGCCUUUGGGCACGGCGCACACGCAUGCCCGGGACGCUUCUUUGCAGCCAACGAGAUCAAGAUCUUCCUUAUCCAUUUCCUCCUGAAGUAUGACUGGAAGUUUGCGGACGAGCGCACGACGCGACCGGCCAACCUCACAGUCGGGCUCGAGUCAAUAUGCGAUCAGACGGUGAAGCUGCUGUUCAAGUCAAGGCAGCCAGAGGUUGAUGUCUCAUGA